GUAUUACAGUGAAGCUUUGGAAAUAUUUCAUGAAAUCAUUUGUUUGAGUGAAACCUGGAAGUUUUUUUUAAUAUUAUUAUAAUUUGAUUGUUUAGGUUUUUAUAACUGAGUCAAUGUUGAAGUGGAUUCAUCUUGUGUUAAUUGAAGCAGGAAGAAGAAAGUAGGUGUUAAUCCAAACUUAAAAUCUUGUUUUUCCCCCCUUUUUUGUCUGGAUGUUUUGCAGCUUUAAACAGUCCAUCAUGCCUUGCGGUGUCCCAGUUCCAGCGCGAUGUAUUUACCAGCAGGAGAAGUGAAACGGGGGAGCGCAGGGGCAUUUUCCGCAGCUCACAGGAGAGACUGCAGAGGACUGUCGUCCAGAGAGGACGCUCACAAACUUUCGUGCCGCGCUCCGAACCGUCACUUAGCUGCAUUUUGGAGGAUGUGUUAGCAAAGCUUUUACUGCCGCGCGCCCGUUCACAGACUAUGCUAAUUUGAGCGGAAAAAUAGCGGAUUUCUCGCCUUCGUGUGUGAUUUCUUACACUAACUUCCAUCCCCAGAAGGAAAAACAGAGACGAAUCUCGCCGAUACCGUUAAGUGAAUUAGCCACGGGGCCCUCUCUGCCGCCCCGCAUCAUUGCAGCUCUCGAUAAUGUUGCAGCUAAUGCACCAUAACUGGCUCCCUCGUUUCUGACCCAAAAUGGAGCUGAAGGUCUGGGUGGAUGGAGUCCAGCGAGUCGUGUGUGGGGUCACCGAAGCAACCACCUGCCAGGAAGUGGUAAUUGCUCUGGCUCAGGCCAUAGGACGUACAGGGAGAUACACUUUAGUUGAAAGAUGGCGGGACACCGAGCGGCAUCUCGCCCCAAACGAGAGCCCCGUGGCGUCUCUGAACACAUGGGGUCAGUACGCCGGGGACGUCCAGCUGGUUCUGCACCGCACCGGCCCGUCGCUGACGGAGCGGCCUCCCUCAGAGGGGCCCCCGCUCCGGGCGCCUGAGCGCGGGCUGCACCGUCAAAGUCUCCCGCCCCUCGCAAAGCUUCGUCAUCCGCACGACCAUUCGCUUCACCGCCGAGAGCCGCGCCGCAAGUCCCUCACGUUCACAGGAGCACCCAGGAGUCUGAGGGAGAUGCUGAGCGCCGGGCGGGCCUGUGACGGGGAUGGGAAGAGAAGGUUCCUGCUGGGGGGGGACAGGAACCAUUUCCAUUCCUCUCCAGUCUUCGGGGCCACCUCAACCAGCUUAUGGACCCGUAGCAUGGAAGAUCUAGUCCGACUGGUCAGUCUGCAGAGAGACACUCUGAACGUGCUGGAGAGGAAGCUGGAAGCCUAUGAAGCUGAGCUCCAAGCCUGGGUGGGGGGGCGAGGGGGCUUCGCUGGAGGCUGCAGUGUGGAGCUGGGAGGAGGACUGUCGGAGGAGAUUUCCAAGCUAGAGAAGCACUUAAGGAAGAAUGAGGUGGAAAUGGAGGAGGAAGAGUUUUGGGCCACGGAGCUGCAGAUUGAGGUGGAAAGUGAAAGGCAGUUGGAGGAGAGGCUGCAGGAGCUGCGAGGACGCCUUCAGGGCUGCGAGCGGGAAAUCGAAGACAAGCUGGCGAGGGUCCAGGGUGUGGAGGCGGGGCUGAAGGAGGAGAAGCUGCAGAGAGAGCAGCAGGAGACCCAGUGGGUCAGCGAGGCGGAGGCGCGAGCGCAGGUCCUCAGGAUCCGGGCGGAGCUGAAGGCUCAGGAGAGGCAGGCGGUGCAGCUGGAGAGCAGCUGCAGGGCUGUGGACCGAUCGCUCAGUCAAAGCAGCAAAAAGAUUCAGGACAUGCAGCACGAGCUGGAGCAGCUGACCAAGGAGCUGAGGCAGGUGAACCUGCAGCAGUUUAUCAAGCAGACUGGAACCAAGGUUACAGUGUUGCCGGCCGAACCCUCUGAGGAUGACGGCGCCCGCAGCAGUCGCUGUGCAGAUUCCGUUCCUCUAACGGGCUCUCUGAAGCGCCCUGCGGCGUCCCACCUGACCUCCAGUCACCUCCGUGUUCUUCAGAACUCUCUCAGCUCUGGCCUAAACCCAGAAGGGAUCUACGUGUGAUUUCUUUCUUUUUUUCCCUCCCUCCAGGACUGAGUUUUAACUUAUCUCACAACUAUGCAUUUUGUAUGUUGACUUGGUGAAGGAACAAUCUCAGCAUGGAAGUCAUGAAGCACUUGGUUUUUUAUUAAGCUGAAGGUGGUUUGAAGCAUGUUUUACACGAAUCGGUCUCCAAACGAGGCCGUUUGAUUGGUUUCUGGCUGUUGGUGGAAACGGUUCCGCCUGCUGUACUCCUUAUUCUCCCUGCUGGAUCUGCUGGAUGGUUCGUGUUGCUCUCUCAAGCAUCGUCAUUUUAAAGCCUCUGCCUUUUGAACCGUGUCUCUGAGAAUGUGGUGAAUGCGUGGCCCUUUUCCCACAGCAGCUACCCCGCAUCAACUCUAGAGAAGAUGUUCUCAUUAAGAAAGUGUUGGAGAUGCACACAAAGUGGGCGGAGUCAAACAGAUUUGCGUCUUCUCUUUUAUAGGUGAAGGAUGUAAUUCCCCCGUGACCAAUCUGCUCUCAAGUUCAAACUAUGCACAAGCGUUUUUUGUCGAUAAAGAAUGUCUGACUGUAAAUCACUUUACAGCUUUAUCUAGCGACUUAGUACGUUAACAGAAAUGCAGUGUCUUAGUCCCGUAGCUGCACAUUAAGGCAGUAUUGAGCGUAUUUUUGUUGUUUAACCACAGCAUGAUAUAUUUUUGCUGAAUGUAACUUUUUUUUCUUUUUUUCUUACUCUGACCAAAGGUGGACAGACAGGUGUUUGUGCAUGAUGGUGUCAACCGUAGACUGGUGUGCAGAGCAGUAGACCAGCAGCUGUUGAGCGGAUAGCUGCGUCGGGAGUCUGAGCCGGCGAUGUUGCGUGCAUGUCCGCAUGCGUUUGCAGUCAGAGCAGCGGAGGAGCGGUGCACGUCAUUGGCCGUGCGUCAGCAGACGGAAUAGCCAGGUAAUGAAGCCUCUCUUUAGGUUGUAGCUUAGCUGCUAAACACGUCAGAGUGCCUUACGCUCGUCCUCAAACGGACUCUGGAGAUCAUUAAUAGUGAAGACUUAAGGUAGACAUGAAGGAUAAACCAUAUAAAAUUCAUUAGAUAUUUGUACUUGACUGCAACAUGAAAACUACAGUUAAAUAGUUUUCGUGUUUUGUAAAAACACUUCUCGUGGUCCUGCGCUGUUUUUUUUUUUUUUUCUUUUUUAUAAAUCAUGUGCAGUGAAUUUUUUUUUUUUUUCUCGUUGCACAGCACAUGUACUGUAGUUGACAUCCGUACUGUCACACAGUUAUGGUCACUGUUUACAACUGCAAAUCUUCUGGAAAACUCCAAGAUGUCGACUGUAAAUAACCUGUAUUUUUUUUUUUCCUUUUUUUUUUUUUUUACAUUUUUCUUUGCCUUUGAUACAUUGCUGGGUGUUUUUGAAGGGUUUGUAUGGCUGUUAACAGGCUGAUGUCAUGAUAUGGAUCGCAUGGUUCAAUAAACCAUCUGUCAAAAUAAGCUGUUUCUCCGAGACAGAUUUGUAGCCGUCGUUCCACAGCGAGUGUUUAAAGUUUAGUCCAGUAGAGGGAAACGUUUGCACAGAAAUGGUGGAGAUAAAAUAGCUGCAUGGCUGGAGGAGAAUCAACUCCAGUUUUCUUUUUAGUCUCAAUGGAGUUAAAUGUUCUAGACCAAAAUGACUUUGAAACUAAGUUAAUUACAAUUUUUGCCCCAAUAACCCAUGAAAAACUUAAACACAUUUUUCCAUUUUGGUAUAAACAGACUGGAUUACAUGUUUACACAUAUCAAUAGUUGUCAAACAACACUAUCACGGCUAAAAAGACCUCCACCGUGCAGGCUAACACUUUUUCUGUUUGGCUCCCACCUUCAGGGUCACUACAGCAGAUCAGUUUUUUUAUUUUAAAUAAAGUGUUCCCCUUCCUGA